AAAAGUCAACUGGUUAAAACAGUUCGUGUGUACUAAAAGUCCAGUCACAAGUGACUUUUACUACGGGCCCGCCCCUUUUUCCUGAUUGGCUGUCUGCCUACGCUGUCAUGUGAUCAAAUACAGGAAGUCUUCAGAACGGUUCCAAGAUGACACCAUCUGUCCUGUGGUUCCUCUUGGUGGUUCCGGUGGUGCUGGUUGUAAGCAGACCAGCUCAAGGCUCAGUCAAUGGGACAUUACCUCUGGUUAUGUGGCAUGGGAUGGGUGACAGUUGCUGCAACCCGCUCAGCCUGGGCGCAAUAAAAAAAAUGAUCCAGCAGGAGAUUCCAGGAAUUUACGUGCUGUCAUUGAUGAUUGGCGACAAUGUUGUGGAGGACACAAAAAAUGGAUUCUUCAUGGAUGUGAACGAUCAGGUGUCCAUGGUGUGCAGUCAGCUGUCUGGAAAUCCCCAGUUAAAAGGAGGAUAUAAUGCCAUGGGAUUCUCACAGGGGGCGCAAUUUCUGAGAGCCGUGGCACAGCGAUGCCCUUCUCCACCAAUGAAGACGCUCAUCUCCGUCGGCGGCCAGCACCAAGGUGUGUACGGGCUGCCAAGGUGUCCUGGAGAGGCUUCUCACAUUUGUGAUAUGAUCAGAAAGGCUCUUAACACUGAAGCUUACAGUGACAUGGUUCAAAAACAUUUGGUGCAAGCCCAGUACUGGCAUGACCCUCUGAAUGACGACUUGUACAAGAAGCACAGUCUCUUCCUGGCUGACAUCAACCAGGAGAGGGUUGUAAACGAGACUUACAAGAAAAAUCUUCAGAUGCUGGACAAGUUCGUCAUGGUUAAGUUCCUGCAGGAUUCUGUGGUGGAUCCUGUUGAUUCGGAGUGGUUUGGCUUCCUGAAAACGGGUCAAGCCAAAGAGAUUGAAACGCUGCAGGAGAGUGUUCUCUAUAAAGAGGAUCGCUUGGGCCUGGCUGCCAUGGACAAGGCGGGAAAGCUGGUUUUUCUUGCAACACAAGGAGAUCACCUUCAGUUCACCAAAGAAUGGUUCGACGCAAACCUGCUGCCUUACUUGCGCUAGGAAAAGAAAAUUUCGCUACUUGGCCAUGGGAAUGCAAAAAGCACAGCAUUCCCUCCCAUUUGCACUUACCUGUCACAUGCUGAGUAGUUAAGGAUCAAUUUACCAGUCUACUAUUUCUUGAUUAGUUUUUAAAAGAAUAAAGUUCUGCUGUUAAUAUGUGUGCAUGUCCUAAAUAAAAAUACAAACAAGAA